GCCUCCUCCACGUUCCGAGCGGCUGAGCGGCCGGCAGGGAGGCUGGGGAGCGGCUGGGCCUCGCGCAGACGUGGGUGGCCCCGAGCCCAGGCCGCGCGAGAGGGGAGCAGCAGCACCACCGGCGGGACCGCCCCAGCCAGCCGGAGGACACCCCGAUGCCCGGUGCCCGCCGCGCCCGCCCGGGCCCAUGCCAUGCUGGUCACCGUGUUCUGCGUGCGGAGGGACCUGUCCGAGGCGACCUUCUCCCUCCAGGUCAGCCCUGACUUCGAGCUCUACAACUUCCGCCUGCUCUGCGAGCUCGAGUCCGGCAUUCCCGCCGCCGAGACCCAGAUCUUCUUCCUGGAGCGGCUCCUGGCCGACGACCGGCGCUCCCUGGGCUCCUACGGCCUCCGGGACGGCGACGUGGUGGUGCUGCUGCAGAAGGAGGGCGCGGGCCCGCGGCCGCCCGGACGCACGUCCAGCCUGGCGCGGUCCGACCCCGCCGGCGUAGCGGUGCCCGGCACGUCCAGCUGCCGCCCGCCGCCCGCGCCGCCCCCGCCGCCCCGCGCCCCGCAGCCGCCCCGCGUCCCACAGCCGUCCCACGGCCUGGGCUCUGGGGAGAAGAUGACGCGCGCACAGGGUCUGGACAGCCCCGCCCUGAUCCGCAGCCUGCUGCUGUCCAACCCGCACGACCUGUCUCUGCUCAAGGAGCGCAACCCGGGCCUGGCCGAAGCCCUGCUCAGCGGGAACCUGGACGCCUUCUCCCGCGUCCUCCUGGAGCAGCAGAGGGAGCACGCCCUGCGGGAGCAGGAGCGGCUGCGCCUCUUCACGGCCGACCCGUUCGACCCUGAGGCUCAGGCCAAAAUCGAGGAAGAAAUCCGGCAGCGCAACAUCGAGGAGAACAUGAGCAUCGCGAUGGAGGAGGCGCCGGAGAGCUUCGGGCAAGUGACCAUGCUCUACAUCAACUGCAAGGUGAACGGACACCCUCUGAAGGCUUUCGUGGACUCCGGGGCCCAGAUGACCAUCAUGAGCCAGGCGUGCGCCGAGAGGUGUAACAUCAUCCGGCUGGUGGACCGCCGCUGGGCUGGCGUCGCCAAGGGUGUGGGCACGCAGAGAAUCAUUGGCCGGGUGCACCUCGCCCAGAUCCAGAUCGAAGGCGACUUCCUCCAGUGCUCGUUCUCCAUCCUGGAGGACCAGCCCAUGGACAUGCUGCUAGGCCUAGACAUGCUCCGCAGACACCAGUGUUCCCUCGACCUGAAGAAAAACGUGCUGGUGAUCGGCACGACCGGCACGCAGACGCCCUUCCUUCCCGAGGGAGAGCUGCCGCCGUGCGCCAAGCUGGCGUGCGCGGCUGGGCAAGAAGAGCCUCCAGACAGGGAAGCGGCAGGUGCUAUUAAGCAUUCAGUCAAGGAUUUAGGACGGAAAAAGCGUUGAAAUGGAUUAUGAAUAUGCCACCGUCUUGAGGGAGCCCCAGGUCCCAGGAGAUUCUAAAACAGGGGCUCCCUGGCAGUGUAAUCAUUAAACACAUCAGUAACAACAGAACCUGGCUGGGGGACUACCUUGUGGGAUCCGCCCCUAUGGGACUCCAGAUUGUAUGAUCUUGGCCUCUCCUCAUUUCCCUUAUCCAGAGGUCACCAGGCCUCAACCCUGGGAAGGCUCUGGAGGCUCUGUGUGAUUUCCGGGGAACCCACGGAAGGACACAGGUCUCUGUCCCACCAGGUUACAGGGUGGGGAGGGGGUGUCCAAACCAG